CAAUGGUUAUGAUCACAGUUCAACAGAACUUAACCUUAAAAUGAAAUUUUUAACGCUUUUCGUUAAUAAGUGAAAAUUAAAUUAUUUUACAUAAUUGAUUUUAUAAAUUAAACCAAUUCAAAGUAAGUUCAAAUUUGUAUCUUGCUAAUACAGAAAUUUACAUAAAAUUCAUAGCUCUGUAAAAAUGUUGCAAUUUAAUACGGUUAUUUGUACCGCAACGACAAAAUUUACUUCUCGAUUAUGGGGGAGAUUAAAUAUAGCGUUAACAACGAGUGCAACACCACUUCCAAUUGAAUCUACCAACAGUGUUAAAAAGAUACAGGAAAAACAUUUAAACAUAGAAAAUACGAUUUCUGCACAGUAUAUAGAUUUUAAUGAAUUUAAGAAAAAGUUGUGUAGUUCUUUUAACAUGGAAUCCUCAGUUGUUAUUAAAAUUAAAGAUACCAAAAAUAUACAAGAUCUAAUGGAAGUGACAAAUACAUUAUUAUCUAAGAAUGACAUUAUUAAAAUUAAUGAAGCCAUUGCAAUAUGGGUGCAACAAAAUAAUGAAACUAAAGGAAAUCUUAAUCAUAGUAAUAGUUCUUCACAAGAACAAACUGAGCAAACUGAACCUAAUGCACCUAGUAUUAUAGCCAAUGGGGACUUUUCCAUGUAUAGUGAUCUUUCUACAUCUGCAAUGGUCAACGAAAUAAAAAAAUUGGCACAUCGCAGCCAAAGAAAUGUACCUCUUUUGAAGUAUUUGUUUCAAAAUAUUCUUAGAUACAAUAAAAUAUUAAGCCCAGAGGAAUGCUCGAGUUUACUGCUUAGCAUGAGCAAGUUAUCUUUGCCAGAUGAGAGAUUACUUCAUAAAGUUUGUACUGACUUAUUACAAACAAAAGAAAUUAUUGAUUCAUUAUCUGUUACAAAAUUGAUGAACAUAGUGAAGUCUAUGGCAUAUAUCAAACAUAAAAAUAAUAAUAUUUUGCAAAGUGUAUGUAAUUGCAUAGACAAGUUAGGAGCUAACUGCUACCCCCGGCAUAUAAUAACGAUUUUAAUUUCAUUAGCAAUAUUAGGCUAUGAAGGAGAACAUGUAAAUAAUUUAAUAAAGACAUAUUUGCACUAUGAUUCAAUAACCAAAUUAAGUGAUAUUGAACGAUUGAACUUCAUAUGGUCAUUAGUUAUAUUCAAUAAAGCCAGCAUUUCACAAAUUCAAGCUGUACUAUAUCCAAAUUACAUCCAACGUCUUAUGAGUAUAGACCCAAGACAAAAUGUGUCACAUUCAUUAAAAUUAUUGAAUAUCAAUGGGUAUGCAAGAUCUAUACUGAAGGACUAUCCUGGGCCUUUUUUACCAAGUACUGUGAACCCUUUAACCCAGAAACAAACAGUACAGAAGGAAUUAUAUAUUAGAGUUCUUGAAGAAACAUUGAAAAACAUAGUACCAUCCUGCUCCCAUUAUAAAAUUAAUGUAAAUACAGAAAUGGGCUUUCUUUUAGAUGCGGAAGUAUAUAUGGAUUCUAAUUCCAGACCUGUUUGUGUAAAUGAUAUUAAAGAUUAUCAUACUAAGAUAGCUAUAAUGAUACAUGAUUAUCAUGAUGUGUGUGUAGGAUCCAUAGAACCACACGGAUUAAUUAAACUUCAGCAUCGUUUACUAAAAUCUAAAAACUAUGAGAUUUUAAGUAUUCCUUACACGCAUUUUGGCAUAGAAGAUACACUGGAAAGACGGGUAACUUACUUGAAACGUCAGUUGUGGAAAAAACAAAAUAAAUAAUUUUAGUAGUUACUGAAACAAGUAAGGUUUCAUUACAUGUAAUAAUUCGUAAAUAAAAAUGCGUAUAAAAUGUUUGUAAA